GGGUACUCAGCUGUGAAGUGAACUACAGUUUACUAGUAGCCGUUGUGACGUGUGCUUUUUGGCGACAAUAGCUACUUUUUACGGUUUUCGAGAGUACUUUACUGGAGGGGAAGAAUUGGCUGUACGUUAGCAAAAGAAGUGUCACAUCCGUUGUUAUCUGGAAUCUGUUGAAACUUUUCGCAGCAGACUUAAAGAAGGAUAACAUCAUGUGAUGUAACUACAGAGUUCUAAAGAGAAGUUUCUUGCUGCACAUAGAACAUUCUGCCUUUGCUUCACUAUGAUGAGUAAUCACCAUUACCCUUCGGCACUUUCAGCAAAAGAUGAGAGAGUUCCACCUUCUUGGAGCAGCACUCAUGUAGGUGCUAUGUUUGAAAUGCAGGGAAAGCCAUCAGAAAAAUCUCCCUGGUCUUCCAGCAUUGAUGCAGAAAUAGAUUCUUUGACCUGCAUGUUGGCUGACAUGGAGAACAGCUCAUCCUAUCAGCGUGGCAGGCAGAAUUUUGAUUAUACGUCUGCUGCCACGUCUCAGUCUGCUACUGAACCAACCAAAGCAGGGGCAGGAUAUAAAGCUUCAUAUACUGGGCAAAGUGGUUAUUCCCCCUCGCAGUCUGCAGGGUAUAGUAGCACACAGCACCCAGCCUACACCAGUGCUUCACAGUCGGCAGCUUACAACAGCCAAUCAACAACCUACAGUAGCUCUUCACAACCCACAGCUUACAGUGGACAGACUAUGGCCUACAAUAAUUCAUCACAGGUAGGGAUGUACAGUGGAUCCUCGCAGCCUCAGAACUACAGCAGCAGUACACAACAGCCUGGGUUGUAUUGUAGUGCCCCACAGCAAAAUUAUGGCAGCUGCUCACAGCAGCAGCAGCAGCAGCAUGGACCAUAUGGGGGUACCUCUCAGUCUCAGAACUUUAGUGCCAGUUCCCACCCUUCUGGGCCAUUUACUGGUGUGUCUCAGCCACAGAACUACAACAGCAGUUCACAACCAGCUGCCUACUCUGGCACCUCACAACCUGCAGUCUAUAGUCUUUCCUCACAGAGGGCUACAUAUGGCCCACCAUCACCACCAUCAUCUUAUCCAUCUGGCCAGCCUGGAGGCUACAAUAGUUCUCAGCACCCUGUUUAUAAUCUGUCUCAUGGACAGAAGCCUUAUCCACAGCCUGUUCCUGCUUCUUACACUACAGCUACUACCAGCACAGGACCAGCAUUUAAUGUUCAAGUCAAGGUUGCUCAGCCAGUAUCAAACUACACACAGCCCAGACGGAAGGCAGAGCAAGCAUAUGGACCACCAUCUCCAAGGCAGCAGGUACCCAGUUAUGGACAGCAACACAAUAUGGGUAUGGAGCCUCCAGGUGAGUCCACAUACAGGGCUGUGGCAAAGUAUCCAGAGCCAGCUUAUGGGUUGGCUCCUCACCAUUCAGAAGCCACUCCAUUACAACAAAAGUGGUACCAACAGUCACAUCACCCCAGUGGGCCAGCAUCCAAGCAGCUAGAUUCCAGUCCUGGAGUCUCUGAAUCUGAGCAGGAUCGAAAUUAUGGACAGCCUGGUGCCAGGAGGGCAGAGUCUGACUAUUAUGGCCCUGGACCUUCCGCAUCAAGGCAGUACACAUCAAGCAGUGGAAUGAAAGGGACAGAGUUUUAUUCAGCAACAGUGCCACCUGCAGGCAGUGGUGCUGGCAGCCGAGGAUAUGGUAUAAAGAGCCCACCCAGCAAAGCUGAAGAUGAGUUGGAUCGACUUACUAAGAAGUUGGUUUAUGAUAUGAACAAUCCACCAAGCGGUGGAGAGUACUUUGGACGCUGUGCUCGCUGUGGAGAAAGUGUUGUAGGAGAUGGAACUGGAUGCAUUGCGAUGGAUCAAGUGUUCCAUGUGGAAUGCUUCACUUGUGUUACCUGCCACUGUCGACUACGUGGUCAGCCAUUCUAUGCCAUUGAUAAGAAGUCAUACUGUGAAUCUUGUUAUAUUGUGACUCUUGAAAAAUGUUCUGCUUGUGCUAAACCAAUCAUGGACAGAAUUUUACGUGCCAUGGGAAAAGCAUAUCACCCACAGUGCUUCACCUGUGUUGCCUGCCAUCGCUGUCUCGACGGUGUUCCCUUCACUGUUGAUGCUUCCAGUCAGAUUCAUUGCAUUGAGGACUUCCACCGCAAAUUUGCACCUCGCUGUUCAGUAUGUGGUAAAGCUAUAAUGCCAGAGCUUGGACAAGAGGAGACUGUGAGAAUUGUGGCUCUUGAUCGUAGUUUCCAUGUCAGCUGUUACAAGUGUGAGGAGUGUGGGUUGCUGCUUUCAUCAGAAGGAGAGGGGCGUGGAUGUUACCCUUUGGAUGGACAUAUUCUGUGCAAGAAUUGCAGUACCAGACGUAUCCAGGAUCUCUCGGCCAAAAUCACGACAGACUGCUGAAUCACUACAUAAAGGAGAUGAAUGAAUGCAUCAGAGAUGGGAUGGGCCAGAUCAGUUUUUGUACUGAUGGACGUUUUAUCUGUCACCUGCUAAAAUGUAGUAGCUGGGUCAUUGUUAAGACAUCAGUUUUGUACUGGCUGAAAUUACAUGAUGAUGCAGCUGGUUGUUGAUGUCAUCCAGUGGAGACGGGUUUCUUUAUUUGCUGCAGGCUAAUGCUCUGUCAUGGCCAGAGGUUGCAGAGAAGAGACUAACUAGAAUUUUGCCUUAGUAGAAUCUUAUGUGCCUAUAUUUUAAAGGGGGUGGUUAUUUUUUAUUUGAUCUUUCAUUAACCUGCUUUACAUAAUUGCCUGGAAGGAGCUGGUAUGUAAUUGAAGUGAAGUCUUGCAAACAGGCAGCAAGUCAGUGUUCUACAGCAGACCCUUUUGAUUUAUUGGUAAAGUGGAAGUAGAAGUGUAGAUGUAACUACAACAGUGGCUAUCAACAACAAAAGUUUGGAGAGUGAGGAACAUUUUCCUGUUAACAAGUAUGGUCAUCCUAGGCCUAUUUCAGUAUGAAUGUCCUUGCAUUUCAUGACAAGCUCGUGGAGACUGGAUUAAAAUUUUGGGAGUGUAGUUGAGCAGUCCUUAAAAAAAUAAAUGUGACAUUACUGUGAGGGUGACAUUAA